AUGACAUAUGAACCUGAAGUGUUAGACAAUACCUCAAGUUCGAUUGAUACAUAUAAUAAUGAUUUACUUGUGGUUCCCGAUGAUAGUCUACAGUCAGAAUGUAAUAGUAGCAUGAUUGGAUGUUCUUCAGAAGUCGUCUCAAAGAACAAACGAAGGGCAAACAAUGGUGAGCAUGAGGAAGACAUGUCGAAAAAAACUCGAGCAUGGGGUCGAGUACAAGAUAACAAUAAAAGAACAGGUGCAGAACGAAUGGAGUGUGAAUAUGAAGAAGAGAUUUGUGAAAUAGUUGGUGAUAAUCCCGUGUAUAAUGAAGUCUACAGUUCAGCCAAUAGAAAAAGAUCCAGUACUCUUGCACGACAAGAGAAAGCCGAGCAAAAUAAGAAAAGAAGCGACACUUUAGAUAAUCUUGUUGAAUUAUAUCAACAGACACGCAACGAAACAGAGAAUAUAACAACAGACUGCUGGCUAUUCUUGAACGACUUGUAG